AUGUCAGCCAAGGUUCCCACACAGCUCCUGGAGGAGAUCAACAAGACAGACUCCAGCAGCUUGCGACAUGUUGAAGCCCAGGUGAAGAACCUAUUGCCUUCUAAUGAGGCCAUCAUCCAGGAGAAGACAGCCGAGUUGAGAGACACGAUUAACAAUUUUAGCAAAGACCAGCUCAAGCAUGCAACUACAGAGGAGAAGAUUUUUCUCCCAAGCACAGAUGAGAUUCAACAUGAGAAGGUAGAAGUGGAGUUACGGGAAAGAAUUGGAUCUUUUCAUAAAGAAGAACUUCAUCACACGGAUACAGAAGUCAAAAAUUGGUUGCCGACAGAAGCUGACAUUGGACAAGAGAAGAAACAGCAGGAGCUCAAGCAGUCGAUAAGCUGCUUCAAGAGAGAUAGCCUCAAGCACGCCGAGACUCAGGAAAAGAACCCGUUGCCUGAAACAGAGGCCAUUGAGCAAGAGAAGAAAGAUAACGAAUUUCGGCAAUCCAUCGAAGGAUUUGAGAAGACACAUCUGAAACAUGCUGAGACUGAUGAGAAAAACCCACUGCCCACUAGCGCAGAAAUAGCUGAGGAGAAAGCUGCAAAAAAGUAA